GUUUUGGACAGUUUUAUAAAUCAAUUUAGUUUGCUUGAAUAUUUCGAAACGAUCGGUACAAUUCUUAAGACGUAUAAAGCGUUUACUUUCAACUUAAAGUUUAUCAGUUAAGAUAUAUUAUGCCACCACCAGGAAGAGGUUGGGGUGGCCCACCACCAAGAGGAGGAGCACAGGUUAAUAUUAAUAUUGGCGCACGACCACCACCGCCCCCAGCAGUAAUAAUUGGACCACCACGACCACCAGCUGUGAUCAUUGGAGCACCACCUCCACCGGCAGUAGUUAUAGGUGCUGCAGCGCCACCUUUAGUUGUUGGUGCAGCACAACCAGCCGGAGUUUAUGUAGGCGCACAACAGCCAGCGGCUGGAGUAUAUGUUAGACCACAAGAAGAAAUACUCUGCUGCACUAUUUUAUGAAAAUGAUAUAAAUUCACCUAAGAAGUAAACUAUAGGGAUUAAUAACAAUAUAUGAGAAGUGGACAAGAGCAAAUACAUAUAUAUGUGCUUAUAAUUAAUAUGUGU